AUGCCAAGCUCAGACCCACGUACCCUUCAAAGUUUCAGUCCAAGCUACAUUAGCUCUCCAGCGGCCGCCCCGACACCAGAAAUGCCAAGCUCAACGCCACACACCCCUCAAAGUUUCAGUCCAAGCUACACUAGUUCCCCAGCUGCCUCCCCGAGUAACCCUUCCUCAAGCGAUAUACUUGUACCGAGCCUACCAAGUCCAUAUUCAAGUCCACCGAGCUUUCAAGAUCAUUCUUCACAUGACGCUAGUCCUGCCGCUGCCCCGAGCUUCAGUUUCCCUAGCUCGGCCCCGGUACCGAGCCCGCCUCCCCUUGCCGCACCAACACCAAGCCCACCGAGCAUGGCUACACCGAGCCCAGCAAGGCCAACCCCUUCUCCAUCUACAAAGCUUAGGCUCAAAGUCGGCUACUACAAGCGCUCAUGCCCACAAGCAGAAAAUAUCAUCAGGGCGGCCGUCAGGAGUGCCACGUCAAAGAACCCUGGCAUUGGUGCAGGGUUAAUUCGAUUACACUUCCAUGAUUGCUUCGUCCAGGGCUGUGAUGCAUCCGUCCUCCUUGAUCCGACACCGACAAACCUGCAGCCGGAGAAACUCAGCCCUCCCAAUGUCCAAAGCCUCCGUGGCUUCGAAGUGAUCGACUUAGCAAAGAAGGCACUUGAGAAGGCGUGUCCCGGUAGGGUGUCAUGUGCCGACAUCAUCUCCUUCGCUGCCAGAGAUGCAUCUUUAUUUCUAAGUAGUGGAAGGAUCAAUUUCCAGAUGCCGGCGGGACGCCUCGAUGGUCGUGUGUCCCUCUCCAGUGAGGCACUUCAAUUCCUUCCCCCGCCAUUCUCCAACCUCUCGCAGCUCAUCAACAACUUCAAGGCCAAGAACCUGGAUGAGGACGACCUUGUGGUGCUCUCUGGCGCUCACUCCAUUGGAGUGUCCCACUGCUCGUCCUUCACUGGUUUUCUCGCCCCAAACCCUCCCGCCAUGGACCCGACCUUCGCUGCGAAAAUUCAGAGCAAGUGUGCAGUGAGGCCGAACGUAUCCAGCGACCCCACGGUGAUGCAAGAUAUCAUGACACCCAACCAGCUGGACAGCCGGUACUACACGAAUAUUCUCAAACGCAACGUUCUCUUCGCCUCUGACGCGGCGCUAUUAUCGUCGCAGCGGAUGUCAAUAAAGGUGCUAGAGAACGCGUUUAUACCCAGCAGGUGGGAGAUGAAGUUUGCCAAGGCGAUGGUCAAGAUGGCUGCCAUAGAGCUCAAGACCGCUGCCAAUGGGGAGAUCAGGAGGAUGUGCAGGGUCAUUAACAAUUAG